AUGUUUUUCUUACGGUAUCUCACGCGCGAAAUGACAAUGAACCCGGCGCUUUUUGCCAAAGACAUGACUCAGAUUCUGAAAGAACAACUCUACCAGCAGAUGGAAGGGGAUUGCAAUGGCGAAUUUUACACUAUUUGCAUCUUGGAUGUUACAGAUAUUUCGAAAGGGAGGGUGCUGCCAGGAACUGCAGAGGCCAUGUUCACGCUGAGCUACCGGGCCAUAGUUUGGAAACCAUUCAGGGGAGAAACGCUCGACUGCAUGGUGACGAAGGUCAAUCGUGCAGGCUUAUUUUGUGAGGCUGGUCCCUUGACCAUCUUCGUAGCGCAAACGAAUAUGAAGGCUGGUAUGACCUACAAUCCAGAUACCACCCCACCACAAUUUUCAAAUGCUAGGGGAGAUGAGAUUAUCGACAAUGGCACAGCAGUCAGAAUACAAAUUAUGGGCCUAAGAAGCGAUGUUAAUGCUAUCAUGGCGAUUGGCAGGAUGUCUGAUUCUUGGUUUGGCAAAACAUUCAACUUGCAACCAUCCUCGAACCCCCUUGAUAUUGUCUAUACUCUAUUCUACAUUAGACUUCCGAGUGCAAUGUCCAUCAGAGCGGUGUAUGAGGGGUUUCUGGCCUCCCCAAAUCCUCUCAGCCUGUCUGAGAACGCUUCGCUUAACUACAUUCCUACCCUUCGAACCUUUACUCAACAAGGCGCCAUCAUUCGACAUCUUGAGAACCAGAACCGAAAUGAAGUGCGCAAGAAGUCAGAGAAGGUUAUCGAAGCAGUUGAAGGACAGAAUUCACUCUGUCUAGAUGUAGAGACCACACUAGAAUUUAUUUCUAGUGGAGGUGCCUACCUACCUGGCUUGGAGAAUUUCGUGACAGACAGGAUCGUGACUUUCCCAACCAUCCAUAUCGUCAAUUUCGACAGUGAGAGCAAAAUCCAGCGGAUUCGAGUAUACUGGGAUCAGGCUUCGUUGUUGAUGCAGGCGGAUAUUAUUGGUGCUCGGGGCAGAAAUUGGCCUAUCACUGACGGAAAAGAACAAGCUCGCCUUAUCUCGUUAGCACAGGUGGGAACAAAAUCAGAGACGCCCAUGACUCGUGGUAGGGAUAUGGACGACGGUGCAGUUGCCCCAAGAAGCAUGUCUCCCAGUAAAAAAUACAUCCGAGAUCCCCACACCUCGCUGGCUUUGUUCACAGAACAAACCGGUGAAGACAACGACCGAAUACCUCAGCCCGCAAUGAUUGCCCCACGUGCCUCUGCCAGGCCAGCCGAUCAUGACUACAGUGAGCUUUUUGCAGCAGGUAAUGAGGAGAAUGAGCCUGGCAAGGGAGAUCCAUCAUCUCCUAAGAAGCUCCACACUCAGCCAAUCAUCGCGCCCAAGGGAGCUAAUGGGUCGAAGUAUCAACCAUCUCGUCUGUUCGACCCAGACGCCAAGGAAGAUCUACCAGCGAAGUACAAAUCCAAUCCUGCCAAGUACAAUCAUUUCGAUCUUGGCGAGGUUGAGGAUAACGACCCCUUUCAACAUGCGAAACCGCCAACGACCAAAACUGUUCCGAUGCGGGCGAAAAGCAAUAAAAACAUGCCACAAUGGGACUUUGAGGACUUUGUGACACCAGAGAAGAUCCGGCAUCGUGUUCGUGGACAGGAUGUUCGCCACUUUGGAUGGAGUGAUGAUGAAGGUGAGAAGGUUGAAACUCCUGGGAAGCAGCCAAAAGUCGUACAGCCCAGGCGCGAUACUGAGCCUCACUUUGAUUUUACGGAUAGUGGUCCUCCUAAAGCUGCUCAGCAUCGAGGCGCGGGUGGGCAAAAGGGGACGGCACACAACACCGGUAUGGGGAUGUACCAGAAUAACCUGUACGAAGAUGGAAUAGGUGAUACCAAAUCCAAGCAUGAGAAAGUGCCGUUAAGUGCCGUCACUACAAAUGUGGGGCGCACCAAAGACUUCGACAAGCACUGGGCCAUGUCAGACACAUCUCCUGCCACAGGCGACAAGAUCAACAACGAGAAUCAACCGUUGGCAGGCGAUCGAAAGAAAGCGGUGCAGACGGUGGGCGCAAGCUGGCAGUCAUACGACGAGUCGCCCGAACAGAAUAAGAAAGUUGUGGGAUCAAAACCAUUGAGGAAAGGAAUGGAGAGCCACUGGGGAUUUGGUGAUGAGGAAUAA